CAGGCAGAUGUGAAACAUCAGUCCAUUCAGGACAAUCUAAGCAUCAUUGCAACUAUAGCUCUUCAUGUUCGUGAUUCCAUGUGCCGUUGCCUGAAUGAAGUCACUGGACAAACGUACUGGUAGAUAUGAAGCAGCUUCUUUAUUCAACAAAACAAGCAAUAACUAAACUGAAAAUGAUCUGUUGAGCGAGAUGGAAAUUCUGAUACUGACUUGAGCCACAGAAUGGACCAGGGUUGCCCAGUCCAGCGGGCUGAUUCAGAUGUACGGCCACAGAAGUCCAGCUUUUCUAUCAACUGGAUGACACCCUGCUCAAAAUCUGUGUCAAACUCCCGGCAAGCUGCUAACUUGGGGCCAGAUGUUAAGGAAAAAUGCCAAAGGGAAGCUGCCUACCUCUUCAAGAUGGAACAGUCCUUCAAGAAUUUGUUGUCUGAUAUUAAAACUAAAGUUCUGCAGCCCCUUGUCAAGGCUGAAGCUUCUGACCCAAAAUCCCAACCACAGCUAAAAGAAUCGCUUUUUGUCUUGGCGGAAAGUUUGGAGGCACUUUGCAAUCAGACAGAAGAAAAUUGCUCGCACCUUAGUGAAAGAUUCGAUACUUCAACCCACAAGGAGCUCUACCUGCUCAAAAAUGCACAGCACCUUAAGGAGAUGUACAUUAAGUACUUCAUGGCUUUCUCAAACUAUGUUGUCCUCUCUGGAUUUGAACACAUUGCAAAACAAACCAGUGACUAUUGGAAAAAGAACAAGCAAACUCUGAAGUAUUUUCACUUGGAUUCAACUUCCCUUCCCAUGAGCCUGCACCGAAUCCUUCAUGAGCCUGUAUGCCUACAGAUCCAGAAAUAUGUCAACAUCAUCAGGAAACUAAGCAGGGGCUUGAUAAAGAACCCAGAGACAAAACCUAUCACAGAUGCUCUUGCGACUUUCACAGAUCUUAACAAAUGGAUUCAACAGACACUAGAUGUGGCAUCUUUAACCAAAGCUCUCUGGAACUCUCUUGGAAGCAAAUUAACGGACCUCUUAUUUCUUCCAGAACGCCGGUUGCGGGAAGAAGGCAACACCAUCUCAGCAUCAAGUCGCGAUGUCAGGCUCUUGCUUUUUGACGACAGUCUAGUGGCUAUCCAGGGCUCAGAAGCCAGCAGCUACAAGCUCAACACAGUCUGGAUGGAAAGACUGGCUGACACUAGCUCUGAAAGGAAUCUUUUGAAGAUCAUUGUUCCAGAGGAAGAAUUUGUACUCAACAUGCAGGAUUCCAAGAGUAUGAUGGUGUGGGUCUGGAAGCUGAACCAAGCUAUUCGACAGUUCUUGAAUGGCAAACUAGAUUUCCCCUUGUGGGGUGAGAACAGAACUGAGAACUCCUGCAACGUGUCUGCUUGUCGUUUUGCUGCCUACACUUUUGUCAACAAUCCUCGAUUUAAGGAUGGCACCUAUGAGGGAGAUUGGUACAAUGGAAAACCCCAGGGCAGUGGAAUUAUGAAAUGGCCAUGCGGGCGAAACUAUGCUGGACAGUACGAAGGUGGUCUGGAACAAGGGUUUGGUGUAUAUGUCACUCCUGGAGGGCCAGAGAGCUUUGACUGUUACAAGUGUCACUGGAAAAUGGGAAAGAUGCAUGGUUAUGGCAUCUGUGAGUAUGGAAAUGGCAUGGUCUAUAAAGGUUACUUCCAAGACAACCAAAGACAUGGAUUUGGAAUUCUACACAACCCUUGUUUGAAAAAGCAAGCCUUUAAGUAUAUGGGGCACUGGGAGAAUAAUAAAAAAACAGGAUACGGAGUGCUUGAUGACCCUGAAAGAGGAGAGAGGUACAUUGGCUCAUGGCUGGAGGACUGUAAACAUGGACGUGGCAUUGUUAUCACACAGUCAGGAGUUAGCUAUGAGGGCAAAUUCCAAAACAACAAGAUCAUCGGUCCUGGAACAAUUUUGUCAGAGGAUGAUGCUGCCUAUGAAGGAGAGUUUACAGAAGACCUUGAUCUAACUGGAAAGGGAAAGCUUACUUUUAGCAAUGGAUACUUCAUUGAGGGAUUGUUCAGUAGCAAGUGGGGAAGUGGCUUGAAGACCAAUGGAAUAUUCUCCAAACCUCCCAAUGAGUUAGAAUCUUUGAUCACCAGCAAACUGCAACUGGGGAGCCACCUCAUCCCAGCUAACGAUCGAUGGCAGGGGAUCUAUGAUCAGUUUUGGGAAUUCCUCAAAUCCGGCUCUGAUGAGAGUUCAAUGGAGUCAUUCCUUGGUUUUUAUUCAGAGAAUGGCAAGGAAAACCGUAAAAAUCUAAAGAACAGGGUGAUGGUUACAGAAGUGGAUACAACUUACUUUAAAUGUCCUGAAAAAUUUCUGCCUUGUGACAGCCCAAAUGAUGCCACCUCUUCUGAGAAAAUCACACAAAAUCAGGGUAACUUAGCUCUGCUAAACCAGUUGAAGGAGUACUUGAAGAAGGCUUUUGGGUCUAACCGUCACCCUCUAGGGAAACUACUCCAGACACUGAUUCUGGUUUUCCAGGACACAUUUUCUGGCAUUUGUAUGUGUAAACGGUUGCUCUCAAUGGCACAGCAGGAAGUGGUGUCCCAUGCCAAUAAGCUCUUUGAGCUGUCCAGGUAUUUCUUGCCCAAGACAAUAGAGAAAGAAUGUUAUUCAGCAGAAGGUCAAAUCAGUGAGGAGUUAAAUGCUUACACAGUGGUUCUUCCCCUAAUCUUGCCACGGUUCUAUCCUGAUCUCUUCAUGCUCUAUAUGCUGUAUCAUGAAGAUGAGGACUCAAGAUACUGGAAGGGAAUAUUACAUCUGGAAUACCUCUCUGACACUAAGCUCCUGGAGUUCCUAGAAGUACAAAAGAACUUGUGGCCUCUUCAAGAUCUACAUCUGACCAACAAUCAGAGGAUUUCCAUUGUGAAAGAUGUGUGCUUCACUUCUGCCAUCUUGUGUUUCCAAAAAAUAAGUUCUACAGCAGAUCCUCAGGAUAAGCUGGAUACCAUCAUGAAAACCUAUCAAGAGAUUGAGAAAACCGUAACUCGAGUGCUGAACAGGGAGUACAAACUUCCCAUGGAUGACUUGCUGCCACUGCUGGUUUAUGUGGUGUCCAGGGCAAAAAUCCAGCAUCUGGGUGCAGAACUCCAUCUAAUUCGAGACAUGAUGGAUCCUUCCACUGAGGGUGGGAUGAGUGACUUCCUGCUUACUGCUCUUGAUUCUUGCUACCAACAUAUUCAGAAAGAGGAAAUCCGAACCAGUAUUUUGCCUGAAUGAAGGGCCAACUAUGAGAAAGAAUGGAAGGCAAAGAUGGCACUACAGGAAUCCUGAUCCUGAAAAACAAGUAAUAUCGUAGAAAAGUGGAGCUACAGCACAGGUUCUCUGCCAGCAUGUCAUUUGGUGUGGAUACAGUAUCAGGCAGAAUUUGACCCAAGUCUGGAAGAGCCUUCAAACUUCACUUCAAACAGAUUCAACUUAUUAGGAGGUGAUUAAGGCGUCACCUUAAAACACUUUCAGCAACUAUAAUUAAAAUACAAGGUAGAACUUUCCUGUUGAACCCCAUUAUAGUAUAAAAACAAAGCAACAAUUGAUUUCAACUUUAAAGUCUUUUAUUUUAUCUUUGGAGGAACGUGGCUUGCUGCAUUUUCAGAAUUCAACCACGCAUACCGUUUUUUUUUUCUCCUAGGAGUUUUAUUUUAGAUAUGUAACAGAAUCCAAGGAGCUUCUGUUCCUGUAUAGAAUUUUCAGCCUCAGUUCCUAAUCUGACCUAAUAAAUAAAGUAAUGCAGCAAUUUAUAUUCAUGGAGUUGUAACAAACGGCCUGGACUAAUAGUAAGUGGCUAUCAUUUUCCAUUUUCUUCAGACUGACAGCUCUCUAGGCUACCUAUACAGGCCCUAUUUAUUCAUGGGGAUCCUUGAUAAUUGUUUAAAGCUAUUGAGACUGGGUAGACAAACUUAAUUAAUAUUGGACUUUGAAAAGCUGUAGAAUAUAGGAUUGAAAGGAGAUUAAGAAACUUAGUUUGGAAGCCCUGGAAAGAAAAUUGGUGUUACUGUUUAAACAGACAUGUAACAGAGAAAUUGAAAUAGAGAAAAAAUAUUAAAAGGAUAACUUACCAAGGUCCAUUUUAUAGCAUGUACAGAGUGUAUUGAACAUACUGGUUCAUUAACAGACCCGGUUAAAGCAUAUAAGCUGAAAGAAAAUGCUUUAAAUUUCUGUAAAAUUUAUCUUGGAGGAAGUUGCAACUCAAUGUUUGAGGUUGGACUUCUUGGCUGAUAUAUAGGCACAAAAUAGGGUAAAGAUUGAAUGUUUCAAAUACUUUUUCUCAUGUGAUAUUCAUAGGGACCACCAUCUAGUUAUUGAAAAUGAAAUGUAUAUAUACAGUAUAUCAUUGUGGUACUGGUGGUUAAAAGUAUAUACUGAGAACUUUGCAUAAACUGUUCUCCCCCUUACAACUGUUAUGGCAUUAAAUCUGUAUAUAACUUGUGGUGUAAUGUAAUCAAUGUUUUUAGUGUGGUAAAACUGAAAGAUCUGUUAAUCUACAUUUCCUAUUCCUACAAUUCCACUUCGAAUCCAAAAGCCAUUUAAUUUUCUAGGCCAUUAGCAUUGACUCCAUCACAUUUGUGAGGAAUGUUCAUUAGUAUAUAAUUAGAUAAGGGAAUUAAUGAAUGUCAGAAUAAAUAUAUAUAUAUAUAUUUGCUUUUAUAAAUAAAUAUUAUAACAUUUGUAU